AUGACCAGCGUCGUCGCUCAGCAGUUCGACCUGCCGCCGGAACUCUGGUCGCAGAUCUUUGCACACUUGAAGCCCCAGCAGCUCUUGCGGAUCCGGUUGGUUUGUCACCGCUGGAAGGCGAUCGCAGAUCGCGAACGAUCUCUCUGGACCCGGCUUCGCAUCAAAUUUACAGACGAAGUCGUCACGCUGGACGAGAACUUCCGACCGUUCAUCGCACCGGCUGCGGAGGUUCAACUAGAAGCGGUGAGGAUCGUAACCGUGGAUUCGUGGUGGCCGACGCACUUGACCUGCGUUCGGAUGCGAGGUUGUCACGUUUCACUGGAGUCGUUUCUUGGGAUGCUCCGGCGGACGCCGAACUUGACCCAACUCGGGCUAUUGUUUGUGGAGUUUGCGUCUGGAGGAAAUGGUGGAGUUGUGGAUUUCCGGUUGGAGCGUUUGGAGAGUCUUGAGUUGAUACAGUACUCCGACGACCUGUUGGACCUUUUUGGGCGGUUGUGUCCGCGCUUGCGCGAGCUGAGUCUGGAAGACGACGGUGAGCACGACCGGGCGACGGCGCGCUUGAUCGAGUCCGUCCAGGACACGUUGCAGCGGUUGAAGCUUUGGAUGACGCCGUACGUGCUGCAGAAGAUGAGCCUGAUGGAGCGUCUCCAGUUGAAGUCGGUUGAGCUGACCGACCUGCAGGAGGACGAGUACGCUCUCAGUUUGAGCAGGUUUCAACCGAGCCUUGAAGAGUUGCUCGUUACAAUCCGACGAAAUUCGGUUCUCUGUGAAAUCGGCACGAACCUUCCCGGACUCAAACGGCUCACCGUCGGGUUGGUGGAUGAAGAUGGACUGGAUUUUCUGGCCACGAUGCCGCUGCUGGAAGAGCUGAACAUUGGUGGAGGGCAGGAAGCGUUGAACUUCAACGGAUUUCACUGCCCAAACCUAACGGCGCUAACACUAGACGGCGUUGAACUCGUGGCGAGCAGUCUACGGUCGAUUUCCAGCAAGCUUAAGGAGCUUAAAUUUGAAAAAUGCGCCAUGGACAGCUGGUCCGACCUGUUGGCAGUUUUGGCCGCGCAAUCGUCGCUUCUCCAUCUGGACCUUUGGUUCGUACAGUUUGAAAACCGAGCCAUCCCUGCCGUUUCGCCACCCCCUCAAACCAACCUACAAUAUCUGCGAAUCUACCCCGCAACGCCCUUCACCAACAAAAUGCUGCUCCAUCUGGCCGAAAUGACCCCCCACCUCGAGACCUUGGCUCUGACAUCGAUGCCGCGCGUUGGCGACGCCACGGUUCGGAAGCUGUGUCGCCAGUUGCCGCGACUUGCGCGCCUAACGCUCGACUUUUGCUCCGUAACGGCGGCUUGCGCCAGGGACGUUGUGAACCGGCACCGUGCCCUCGAGCAUGUCCAGGUCCGGGCCAAGUCGCAAUCGAAAUUCCAGGAGAUUCGACGUUUUCCUAGCUGA